GUCGUUGGGCGGAAUCCACACCAAAUGGCGACUGUUUCGAUCAGUGCCCCUGGGUUGAGCGGGGGUCUCCUUUACAAUAAUGGCUCAAAUAACGCGCGAGUGUGCAUUACAUCGGAGACGGGCGAGUUUGACAUGGAGACGAUCAAGAAUUGGCAGGAUGAAGGGUUCGACGUGGUCUAUGUCGCGCUAGAUGGAGGAGGUAAGGAGUAUGAGGGUCGGUUGAGGGGUGUUAAGGAAGGACUGGGGGUUGGCGAAAACUAUGCGGUGAUUGCUUAUGGCGAGGCGGCCAACUAUUGCUUGGACUACUAUCUGAAAUCACAAAAUGCCAAUCGGCUAUGCGCACUCAUCGCAUACUAUCCCAGUGUGAUCCCCGACACUCGAUCGCGAUUUCCUCUUUCCCUCCCUGUCCUAGUGCACCUAGCAGGCGAUAGUGUGGACGUCACUACCAUCCCAGUCGCGCUUGGUCUGCAAGGCAAGAAGCGACGCAAGACUCGCCCUAUCAAUCCUGGAAUCGGAACUGGCGAACGUCUCGAGUUAGCCUAUCCAGCGUAUACCUACAAUCAUGCUCCACCCGGCUUUGCUGAACAUGAUAUGGAGGAGUAUGAUCACCUCGCCGCAGGCUUGGCAUGGGCACGAACACUCGAGGUGUUGCGCAAGGGAUUCUCGAGAGAGGCAGAUCUGGAGAGAAGAUGGGAGGAGCACCAAGAAGCAAAAUUCUUCGCGUCAAACCUUACCAGGACUAUGGAUGCGUACAUUUCGCAGAAGAAACCCGCAGUCACGUAUGUUCCUACCGUGAGUGGAGGAAUUGGCACUCAAGCUCUCCGUCGUUUCUAUGAGCACCAUUUCAUCGGAAAGCUACCCCAAUCUAUGCGCAUUCGUCUGCUCUCGCGAACAACUGGAGCAGACCGCGUCGUGGAUGAACUUUACGUCUCCUUUGAGCAUUCCCAAGAGAUCCCGUGGAUGCUCCCUGGAGUCCCUCCAACCAACAAACGCGUCGAAAUCAUUAUUAUCAGUAUUGUCAGCCUUCGUGCGGGUCAUCUAUACUCGGAGCACACAUACUGGGAUCAGGCCAGCGUCCUAGUUCAAGUCGGUCUUUUGGAUCCUAAACUGGUUCCCCAGUCCGCCCAAGGAGUCGACCGCCUCCCUGUUGUCGGCCGGGAGGCUGCUCGCCGUAUUCUUCACGAAGACCCAGAAGAAGAGCAAGUAGACUACCAUAAUCGCAUGAUUCGACGUGCUCGGGCUCUCAGGAACCGUAGCUCUCGCGCCUCACAAGCUGGUGAGGAGUCUGCUGCUGAGUUGAAGAGCGAGGGGGAGACUCCCAUGCCCAUCCGAGAGCAGAAGAAGGGUAAAUCGGUCCAAGAGAAGGGUACUCCACAUCCAGGGCCAGCUAUGGCCAGCAAUGGUGGAGCUCAUGACUCCAAUGAAAAUGGUGAUGAUGACCAUGCCGCAGCAAACGAGAAGGAGUCAACCGAGAAGGAGUCAACCGUGAAAGCCAAGUCAGAAACUGCCAACCACAACGCUUUCGUCCAGGAAGGAAGUGAUGAGAAUGAACAAUAA